AUCAGACACGAUGGUUUUCACUAAAUAAUGAUUAAAUAAUAUGCAAUAAUGUAAUCAAUAGCAUAGGUGGAAAGAGUACUAAAAUGUUCCUGAAAUUUGACCGAAGUGCAAGUGUAAAAGUAUAGGUCUAAAGUAUACUCAAGUGAAAGUAAAAUAGUAAGUGAUUAAAAAUGUACUUAUACUAAAGGUGAGUGAUGCUUGGGUGAUGUACACUUUGAUGUGUUAAAGUGUAAAAAUAAAAUAAAUCAGCUGCUUCCUGCAGAAUUUACUGUUACUAUAAACCCACCCCCAAAAGCAGUUUUUAUGGAACAUAUUUGGUGGCCUUUUCUGCUCACUGCAGAGACUUUAUUUACUCAGUUACAGUUACGCGAGUAAUGUUACUGUUCUUAUAGAAAAAGGGGACCGGCACAGCAUUUAGUUCAGUUUCAGUUAUUUUACGCCGGGCCAGCAGGCGGCAGUGUUCAACCUUUAGAGUCAAACCCAUUGUCAAAAGAAGAAAGUGGAGCCCAGUGAAUUUUCCUUUUUGUUGCGCGAUGCUACGCGUAAAUUAAGUACAAUUAUGCCAUUUAUUUGGUAUAGUUAUAACAUAAGGACUAACAGGAUUCCCUAAAUGUCGCAGCGAUGCUGAGCUCUUCGGCCAGUAAACUGAAUGUACUGGUCAACAAGCUGCACGAGUACCUGGCCCAUUCCACUCCUGAGGACAGCAGUGGCUCAGCAGAGACAGACGAUGUGACAAACAGGAAUGGUUCAGUGGGAAAUUCAGCUGGUCAUGCUACAAUGGAGGUAGUUGCGGACGCAAAAUGCUCCAAAAGAAAACCAUCUGUUGUGACAAAGCACUCUGGCCUGGAUGAAUCUGGCGACUCAAAUGAUAGCGACAAUGUGGAUUUCCCGUUCAGUGCAAACGGUCACCCUGAUAUCACUCGCUUGCCUAAAGGCACUGUUCUGGUCAAACCUGAACCCGUAGAUAACGGAAGAGAUGACUUCAGAGGUCCAGAGUUUCGCAGUCGCAAAAGUAACGUGUUGCGGAAAGAAUUUUCAAGGAGACGUGGAGGAGGUGAACAUCUGGGGAUUGUCAGUUGCACUGCUUGCGGCCGCCAAGUGAACCACUUCCAGAGAGAUUCACUUUAUCGCCACCCAGUUCUGAAAGUACUUAUUUGCAAGUCUUGUUACAAAUAUUACUCAAGCGAUGACAUCAGCAAGGAUUCAGAUGGAAUGGAUGAGCAGUGCCGUUGGUGUGCAGAAGGAGGCAACCUAAUCUGCUGUGAUUUCUGCAGUAAUGCCUUCUGCAAGAAAUGCAUUCUGAGAAAUUUGGGGCGAAAGGAGCUUUCUGGUAUCUUAGAGAGCAAGUGGUACUGCUAUGUCUGUAACCCAGAGCCCCUUUUUGGCCUUGUGAUGGCGUGCGACAGUGUGCUGGAGAGCAUGGAACACCUGUGGCAACAGCACCGCAAAAGAAACCGCACAGAGCCGGGGAAAUCUGAACUGUAUGGCAUGUUGCCGCUACCUCAAAUCCUUCCCUUAGCUAAUUGGGAACACACUGGCAUGGAUGGUAGUGUUGUGUUUAACUACAACACCCUACAGGUCUCCAAGGAAAUGACUACAAAGGUCAAACAUUUAGUGGACUCCACAAACAACGUUAACACAAAUUUCAUUCAGUUCAUUAAUACUGUGACGAAGACGAAACAAGCAGAAAGUGUUCGAAAGCUCUAUCUGAAGUCUUUUGUUACAGUGGUCAAAGCCGUGCGAACGUGUCUUGCUGUACUCGAGGAAAACCUGAAAGAAGAAUUUAGCGACUUGGACAUCUCCAGCUCAUGGGAAAAGUUGUUCAGUGAUAAUUUUGAGACCCCACCUGCAACUGAAGCAGAGGCUGAGAUCACCAAGGACGGAUGUUUGAAUAACUUGCCAGAGUUGUCUGAAGAAUAUGUGGAAGAGGACGAUUCUGACUGUAAAAUCAUCACUGAUGGGAGAUGUACAAAUGAGCAUGUGGACUCUCCUUCACAGACGAUGGAGCCAACAUCUCCUGGAAGUGGUGUCGACAUGACAAAAAAGUUAGUGGUCCAACUUACUCCGGUGCCUGUGCAGCAGGAGACCUGCUCAGAUGCUUCGGAGUUGCCAGAAGACACCAAGGAAGACAAGUAUAAAGGAAAAAAUGCAUCCAGAAAUGAAGAGAUGGUUGUUGCUGAUAGCAAAACGAGCAAAGACUACCCAAGCACAUCACUCCACAUGGAAGAGGAACUUGGCAAUCGGCGUUCUCCUCGUGUGAAGACAACGCCCUUGCGUCGUCCAAGCGAUGUCAAGGGUAAAACGUCUCACUCCACAGCAGACAGCGAGAGUGACUCAGACCAAGAGGAACCCCAUAACUCAGCUGCUGCCGAGACCACUGAGGAACAAAGCCUAAACCAGGCAAGAGACGACUCGGACUCAGAUGAAAUCCCUUCCGUGCUUCUUGAGCGAGCAGCUAUGACUCAAAGCUCUGAUGAACACCAGAGUGAUGAAGACGGUGGUCAAGCAUCUACCAAGGUGGCCAAAAAGUGUCUUUUCUGGCUAACAAAGAACACACCGAUAUCACCAGAGAGGCUUCGUCGCAAACGUAAGCUGCUGGACCGUUCGCCUGACUCGGACUCCAUUGCUAAGGCUCGCCGGGAAAGGGGGACUGAUUCCUCUAGUGACGAUCAAGACUCGCAGGAUAAAAUGCAGCGACUGAAAACCCUGAGGUCCAUUGGCAAGACUCACCUUGGCAAGGGUGAGACGGAAUUGUUGGCUAGGAAGCAGGGGAUGGCGCCGGCCAGGAAGCCAAAGACCCGUUCUCGGCAGGAAGCGAUAGAGACGACGUCGUCGUCGAGCGAUGACGACGAUUCUGGGAGUGAGGGGGACGAUCAGAAGAUGAAACCUAUCACAGAAGCUAUAGCGUUACUGGGACCAGCAGUCUUCCAUCAAUCAUCUGGAGAUGAGGACCAAUCUGGGCCCACCUGGGCAGCAGGGGAUGACGACGACCCCGAAAAUAGAAUCGCUAAGAAAAUACUUUUGGCCCAAAUCAAUGCCAACUUCUCCUCGGGCGAUGAUCUCUCAUCAGAUGUGGAAACACAAGAUGAUGAGUCUGCUUCUGAAACUGAAAGGGAGCUAAAACAAGCCAGUGUGGAAAAUGAACCAGAGAAAAAUGGGGAAAGCAUGGCCUCCCCCUCUUCUGACGCCGGCUCAGAUCGUCCCAAUGUGGAGAAUCAUCACCUGCUGCGCCACAAACUGACGCUGGAUGAGGCAGUAGGAAGUGACAACGUGGGAUCAGGGGUUGAAGGGAAGCCUGACAAGAAGAAAAGACCUGGGCCCAAGCAGUUGAGCGCUGAUGAUGAAAGUGGACAAGCUGAGAAUAAAGUGCCAGAGAUUGAAGACGGAAUGAGUGAGGAGCUGAGUGAGUCAGAGGAGGAAGAAAAGCUUGAAAGUUUAUCCCCUAAAUUGAAGGAAGUAUCCCAGGUGCCCUGCAUUUUAUUAUCUGACUCUAGCAGUGAGAAGAGUAUGCAAGAAGACACCGAUGGAGCAGUCAGCAACAGCCAGGGCACGCCCAAAAAACGCAAAAAGAUACGCAAAAUUAUCGGAGAUGGGAAUCUCCGCGCUGAGACCCAAGAAGCAUUACGAGAGGAGGAGGAGCGAUGCAGACGGCUGGCAAGGAGGGAGCAACAGAUGGAAGAUCGACGAGUGAUAACUAUCAUAGAUGAUGAGCUGUCUCAAGUUGCAUGUCCAGUCACCACCAGACUGAUUCUGGAUCAGGAUGAGGAGACCAAGACCCCUCUAGUUGAGGUGCAUGAGAAACUGGUGACCAGACUCAAACCUCACCAAGUGGACGGAGUCCAGUUCAUUUGGGACAGCUGCUGUGAGUCCAUGAAGAAGGCCAACUCAAGUCCGGGAUCAGGCUGCAUCCUGGCUCACUGCAUGGGCCUGGGAAAGACUCUGCAGGUGGUUACCUUCCUUCACACAGUGUUGCUGUCAAAGAACCUACAUUUCAAAACAGCACUGGUUGUGUGUCCUCUUAACACAGUUCUCAACUGGGUUAAUGAGUUCAACAAAUGGCAGAAAAAGUUGGAGAGUGAGAAAGUCAAGGUUAUCGAGCUGGCCACAGUGAAGACUCCAGCUGAGCGACUCCGAGCUUUGCAGACCUGGCACAGUACUGGAGGCGUGAUGAUAAUGGGCUACGAAAUGUAUAGAAAUCUGUCACUAUCCCCUAAACCCGACAAUGCGGAGUUAAAGAAGCAAUUCAAGCACGUACUGGUGGAUCCAGGUCCAGACUUUGUGGUGUGUGAUGAGGGGCACGUUCUGCGCAAUGACACCUCCAAUAUUUCCAAAGCCAUGAAUGCUGUGAAGACACGGCGAAGGGUGGUGCUUACUGGCACGCCGCUGCAAAACAACCUGAUAGAGUACCACUGCAUGGUCAGCUUCAUCAAGCGGAACCUUCUGGGCUCAUUGCAGGAGUUCCGAAACCGCUUUGUCAACCCAAUACAGAACGGCCAGUGUGCUGACUCCACACCAAAAGACGUCCGAAUCAUGAAGAGGCGGGCACACGUCCUCCAUGCUAUGUUGAGUGGUUGUGUGCAAAGGAGAGAUUACUCAGAGCUGAUUCAGUUUCUGCCUCCCAAGCAUGAGUAUGUGGUGGCAGUCAGGGUGUCGCCGCUGCAGUAUAAGUUGUACAGCCACUACCUGCAGCAUGUCAGUGGCAUUAGCAGCCAGAUUGGCAGCGCAAAGCUGAAGGUUGGUGCAAACCUGUUUAAGGAUUUUCAAGUACUCGGUCAUGUUUGGACUCAUCCUUGGUGCCUUCAGCUCAGCCAUAAAACCAAAGAAAAAAAGUUACAGCGAUGUUUAGAAACGAAGAAUCCUGUUGGAGCUGCAGCUGUGUGCCAGAAAGAAUCCACAGGAAGCGGACCAAGCGGAAGCACCUCCAGUGGACCAACCAGGAUGAAUGCAGCAAGUGUUCCUGAAGCUGCAUCACAAGGUCAGUGCUGGUUCCAAAAUAUGCUCUUUCAAGAGGACGCCAAAAUCCUGGAGCACUCUGGCAAGAUGGUGCUCUUAUUUGAGAUCCUGAGGAACGCUGAAGAACUGGGCGACAAAGUACUCGUGUUCAGUCAGUCCCUGAUCUCAUUAGACCUGAUCGAGAACUUCCUUGCGGCUUCUCACCACAGCAGUAGUGAUUCAUCAAAAGAGGGAAGCUGGAUUAGGAAUAUUGAUUACUACCGUCUGGAUGGCUGCACCACUCCUGCAUUACGGAAGAAAUGGACCGAUCAGUUCAAUAAUGAUGCUAAUGCACGCGGUCGGUUGUUCCUCAUCUCAACAAGAGCGGGCUCACUAGGCAUAAACCUGGUGGCGGCCAACAGGGUGAUCAUCUUUGAUGCCUCGUGGAAUCCCUCUUAUGACAUUCAGAGCAUCUACAGAGUGUACCGCUUUGGACAGACCAAGCAAGUGUUUGUGUAUCGCCUCCUGGCGCAGGGCACUAUGGAGGAGAAGAUCUAUGACCGGCAGGUGACGAAGCAGUCUUUGUCCUACCGUGUGGUGGAUCAGCAGCAGAUUGAGAGACACUUCACCCUUUCUGAGCUGACGGAGCUUUACACAUUUGAGCCGGACAUGCUGGACAACCCUCAUUCCAGGAAAAACAAGCGAAAGACAUCUAAUUUGCCAAAGGAUGGAAUUCUGGCACUGUUGUUGGAGAAGUGCAAAGAGUACAUCGUCAGCUACCAUGAGCAUGAAUCACUGCUGGACCAUAAGCAAGAGGAGGAGCUCACUGAGGCAGAACGCAAAGAUGCUUGGGCAGAGUAUCAAGCCGAGUCCAACACGGCCAAGGCCCCAGUUCGACUCAGCCUCAACACUUUGAAUACAAAAACCAAUGAAGAGCUGGUGGACUUGCUGAACAGGAGCAGAUCCAAAGUAGCAGCUGCCUUUGAGCUGCUGCAGCAGAUGAUGCCUCACACCCUCCAGGACUACUGGCUACGAUUGUUGCAACAGCACCCAGGACUGCCUGCAGAGCAAAUCCAGCUGAGGGCCAAGCAGUGGAAAAUGUACGACAUGAAGGAGUUUGAACGUAGGAAGGCAUUUUAUCAAGACCUUUUUGCAGAGCAGCAAUCACUCACUCUGCACAUUCAGGCCAUUUUAAACCACAGGAGGAAUCAAGAGACUCAGCAUGCGGCGCCCGCAAAAAAACAGCCGACGCUGUCAUCAUCAAAUCAGUGAAGUGCAUUUGCCCCACACGUUUGGCACUGGUCUUAGAACGUAGAUAGAUCCACGUGCAGAGCUCACCCAUCUUUUCAGCAUCUACGCAAUUAGCACUUUAACGCCACCUAGUGUGGCCAAAAAGGAAAUGAAUAGUAGAGUACAUGCCUUUUUAUUGAACGUUUUGUAAGCACACUGAUAGUUAGUUUUUUUUCAUUUCUAACAUUUCAAAAAUAAAAUUCAGUGUUCUCUGCCAUGGCUUUGUUGGCAUCUAAGUCAGAUUUCUUCUUUCUGUGUGCCAUGACACUCAUUGGAUUUUUGCCUCUUUUAUAUUAAACUUUCUAAUCUCUUGUACUAUUUUUGUCCUGAUGAUCUUUAUGUCACUGGAGGUACUGAUCUUCAGAGAUAUAUAAAGUAAUAAAAUACUGAAACUAAAAUAGGUCUUCUCUCACUUGAAAUAAACUCCACAGAGAGAGACGUGGAGGCAAUCAUGCAGAAAAUGAGGUCCCUGGAUCUUUAAUAAAAGCAAACAUCUCCAAACAUUCCAAUGCGUUUUCCGCUCUGCACAGAGACUGAUCAGUAACGAGUCAGUAACGAUCUGCUGAUGGCUGCUGACAUUCAUCUGGAUCUCUCCUCCGCCUUCGACACCGUUGACUGUAAAAUACUCCCACAUCGGCUUCACACUACAGUUGGACUUUCUGGGACCAUCUUCCAAUAGUUUAAGCCAUACCUCGCUGGCAGAACCAUGUGGCUCUGGGGGAGACAAAAUCGUCACCCCACACCGUCACCUGUGGGGUCCCUCAGCACUAUUCACUGUUUACAUGCUCCCCUUGGGUCACACCACCAGGAAACACGUGAGCUCAUUUCAUCCGUAUGCUGACGAUAGCCAGGUAUAGCUGAAAACAAACCCCACGUUACAGGACGGAUGGCAAAAAACUGCAAAUAAUUGAUACGCCCAUAAAAAUGUUGGUUUUUGACACACGGCCUGCUGCCCCCACACCCCCAGACCAUUCUGCUAGCUUGACAUUGACGGUCUCCUACAAUUUCAGAUCAACAUUUGUAAUAAGAGAAUAAUUAGAUUCAGCUCCAGACCACCUCAAUAACGUAUAAAAUGUGUAGGUACUCACCACUAAUGAAUGGUAAUGUACAGUAUGAUGAUCCAUAGAACCACUGGCGCUUCUGGCUUGAAUGAGGCGCUGGGCGGAGCGAAGCUGUGUGGUGUACGUACAUAAAGUUAUGCUAUAGUUCCAUACCGUUUAUCAUUGACCCGUUUCUGCCCUUCUUUCCUCUUCUUUUUAAAUUGUGCACCUGAUUUUUGUUUGUCUUUUCCACGUUUUGUUGACACAAAUUAACGGCACUUAUCACCUCCACCGUCACCCAACUAGCAGUCCAGACUAAACCACCUCUGAUCGACUCGCAAUUCCCUCCUUUUUAUUUCACAUUGUCGUCGUGAAAUAACAUGUUUGAGACUCUUGGUCUACGAUAUAAUUGAUAUAUUUACAAUUUUUUUUGAGCAAUUACUUUUGUAAUUUACAAUUUUUACCUGAGGGCUGAGGUCCAGCGGCACCCUCCCCCUCGCCAUAGUCUUUGGUUUCAUCCACAUCACGUGGUGGACGUUUGAUCACGUUUGUGGGCGCGAGUAGCACGCCUGUAGGGGGCGCCCAUCUGCCACGCACAUACAGUAUGUGCUGAUUAUACGCUGACCAUUAGUAACUAGCACUCCCGCGGUGCCCCCCUGGAUAGCCACUGCAUAGAACAGAUGGAAGUGGAGUCAGUGUAGAAGACGUUACAUAUAAGCAGCACUUUUACGCCCCACAACUAUGGUGCGUUCAAAGACGGACGAAAUGCGUGGAGAAAAACAUUAUCAGUGAAGCAUAAAGACAGAAACGUAAAAAUUGUGCGCUUUUUUCACAGUGGUACAUGUAUGUUGUAUAUUUAUAUAGAGAUGCUUGAUAGUGGCUUUUUACCAAUAGUACCAAUAUUACCAAUAUUACCAAUACCGAUAUCAGCAGUAGGUCUCUCCUCACACUAAUGUCAGUUCACAUUUUGUGUAAUGAACACAUUAUGCAUCUUUACUGCAUUUCACAAAUAAAAACUUUGCGCAAAAUAAGACCAAUGCUGCAAUAUGCAGUUAAAAGUGCCAUAUUUACUUUAAACAUUUUGUCUCAACAGAAGAUUAAAAAUGACCACCAAUUAGAGGAAGGCGCCUUACUUAGCCCUCGUAUAACGAGUACUUUCAUUGCGAAUUGACGCAAAUUUUCCGAGACACUUAAUUUUGUUAGAUGCCGUCUGACAAACGCGCAACGUUUUAUUGUGAAGGCCAGAAAUGUGAUUUGUCUGUUUGGUCUUCUGACCGAUGUGUAGUAGUGAUGUGCGAUACCACUGAUUUAGUUUCCGAUCCGGUGCUGAGUAAAAUUCAGGCUGCCAUGGCGACACCCAUCCGAUACCCGAUACUUUGUGUGUGUCUGUCUUAAAUUUUAAAAAGUAGUGUAUUUCAUAACAUAGCAUAAAAAAUACAAGAAACAUAGUAAAAUAAUAAACCCAUUAAAAGAUUAAUUAUUAUGAGCUACUAUAUUCACACAUGGCUCCGUUCAUCCUUUCAACAAACUUUUCA